AUGCCCUCAGAGGUUCACCGUCGUGGAUCUACAAGGAGUUCUGCAAAUCUUAUCGCCCGACGGCUUCUCUGUGAACCGUGGGAACUCGUCGAGACGAAUAUUCCGCAGGGAGCUGAUAUUCCCAUUAGUGAAUCUCUCUUCUCUGUUGGCAACGGUCAUGUGAGAGUGCGUGGAUAUAAAGAAGAAGCAGAAGUAGCUGCCCCUUAUGGUGGUGGAAAUCGUACAUUAAAUAACAGUAAUUGUGGAAUUAGUGUUUCUACCAGUUGUUUUGGUGUUGGUGGUUGUGGUGGUGGUAGUAGUAGUAGUCUAAACAGUACAAAUGAUAUGAAUAGUAAUUGUAGACCUCAAUAUAUGUUGAAAGCGGGGAGAACAACUUUGGCGGCGGAGGCACAACCACCUGAAAAAUCUUUACGUGGAACAUAUGUAAAUGGAACAUAUGAGGAACGUUUACUGAAUCGACAUCAUAGAGAUUUCACUGUUGGGACAUGUGCACGGGAGUGUUUUCUUAUUUCUGUACCGGAUGCUUUUUGUAUAGAUGUCUUUGUUGGUAGUGAACAUGUAAGUCCUGCUACUGGAACUGUUAUUUCACAUACACGUAUUUUAGAUUUUCGUACGGGUGAACUUCGUCGUCGUUUUGUUUGGCUUUCCGCUAAUCAAGUACGUGAAGUAACGAUUGAAUCCUCUCGAUUUGUCUCUGCCACUCGUAAAGGAAUUGCGGUAAUGAAAUAUACCGUAAGUGCGAAGAAUGUAUUAAAUACCGAUAUUCGUAUUGUUUCCCGCACCACAGUCCCAACAGAUGCCAGACAACAUUUAAAAGUAGAAAAUGUCGUGGCUCGACAUUCUUUACAUGAUGCCUCUUCUGCGGUUUGUGUGCGAACUCGAAAUAGUUGUAAACGAUUAGUCGUUGCGGUAACGGAGGUUUGUGCGAGUACACACGUGGAACACAAACCGGGAUCGAAUUCGGCCUUUACGGCGGCGAGUGGGACGAGUUUGGCGGAGGGAGCCACACCGACCAGUUUGGCCCAAACAGAUAUCUCGCAACCACCGAAUAAUAGAUUUGGAAGUACGCCUCCAACAUCUCAACAACAAAUACAAACUCAACAACAUCCACCACUACCACAACAACAACAACAACAACAACAACAAUUACAACCACAAACACUGCCAUUACAACAACAACAGCAGCAAUCACAACAGUCACAGCAAUCGCAACAACAACAACAACCACAGCCACCACAACCGCAAUCACAACAACCGCAAUCACAACAACAACCAUCACAACAACAACAACAAUCUUUUACAUUUCUUGCACCAAAAUGUGCGGAAACGGAAAAUGGAUCUGAAACUAUUUAUACAAGUGUUAUUAGUGAUCAUACACGAUUUGAACUUAACAAGUUUGUAGCGUUCCUUAGUGAUGAGGAUGCUGCACCAGAAGAUAUUUGUGAUUUGGCUAUUCUUCAAGCAAGAGAAGCUGCUACAUUAGAUUAUGAUGCCCUUUUUCAGGAACAACGUCUUUCUAUUUCUAAAUUUUGGGAAGUUGCAGAUAUUCGUGUAGCCUGUGAUAAUCCAGCUGUUCAAGGUGCCCUUCGAUUUAAUAUAUUACAAUUAUAUAUGACUGCAGGAAGAAUUUGUUUACAAAAGUCACCCUCACGGGGUAUUAUGUGUGAACUUUAUGGAGGUUUACAACAAUGGGAUUUAGAUGCUAUUGUGAUACCUUUCUUCUCUAAUAUUCAACCAGAAACAGCACGAGCUCUUUUACAAUUUCGUAUUGAUACAUUACCUCAAGCAAGGAAUAUUGCUAUGGAUAUGGAUAUUCCUAGAGGUGCGAUUUAUCCUUUACGUACGGUAAAUGGAGGAGAAAAUAGUCCUGCAUCUUUUUGUGCAGCUUUUCUUCAUGUAAAUGCUAUUAUUGCCUAUUCGAUGAAAAGAUAUAUUAUUGCCACUAAUGAUACUUCUAUACUUUUACAAGGUGGAGCUGAUGUGAUAUUUUCUACUGUUCUUAUUUGGCUUAUAUGGGGAACAUGGGAUAAAGGACAAUUUCAUAUUCGCUCUGUUGGUGGACCAGAUGAUUACAGUGGAUUAAGUGAUAAUAACUUCUUUACUAAUAUUAUGGCUCAAUAUCAUAUGCAGUGGGUUGUUGGUCUUGCCGCCUUUUUAAAAGAGAAACAUCCAGUAGAAUGGGAAGAAUUAAAAGAACGUUGUCAAUUUACAGAUGAAGAUUUACAAAUGAUUGAACAAGCGGCAGCUAAAAUGGUAAUUUUCUUUGAUGCUAAAAAUCGUGUUCAUCCGGUAGAUCAAUUCUUUAUGCGUAAAAAAAAAUGGGAUCUUGGUGAUUUAAAAUCUAAAAGAGGACUUCUUAUAAGAACAUUUGAUCCUUCUGUUAUUUACCGUCAUCAGGUUUGUCGAACUCCAGAUGUGGUAUUAGCAUCUAUGCUUCUUCCAGAAAGAUGUACAAAAGAUGAAGUGCGGGCGAAUUAUAAUUUUUAUGAACCCAUCACAACAAAUGAUUCUUCCAUUAGUUCUGUUAUUUUUAGUGUUGUGGCUUCUCAAUUGGAUAUGUUAGAUAAAGCUAAAAUACAUUUUAAUCGAGUUCCUUUUGUGGAUAUUGAGAAUGUUAUUGGAAAUACUGGACGUGGUUUACAUAGUAGUGCCGCUGCGGGAUCUUGGUGGUGUUUAGCGGCUGGAUUUGGUGGAAUGCGUUUAGUUCAGGGAGUUUUACAUUUUAAUCCGGUUCUUCCCGAUGGAUGUGAUGAAUAUGAAUUCUUUGUUCGUCAUCGUGGUUGUUUAAUUUUAGUUCAUGUUACUCGUCGGACGGUUACUUAUAAAAUGGUAGAGAAUAAAUGGGAUUUACCGGAACUUCUUAUUAUUCAUUCAGAUACGAAUCGUAUUCAUUUAGAAAAUGGUAUUCCAGAGUCUGUUCGACUUUACCGUGAUGUUCGUGUAUUUGAUUUUGAUUGUGUUAUAUUUGAUAUGGAUAGUCUUAUUGAUAAUAUUGAGGAAUAUCAUUAUGAAGCUUGGAAAAAAACAUUAGAAUCUUUCCUACAUGAAAUGGGUCAAACCUCCUUUAAUCUUACCAGUGAAUUAUAUCUUGCCUAUUUAAAACAUGGUAAACCAUUUCCAGCCUUAUUACAAUUUCUUGGUAAACAAGGUUUCUCUAAUGUUCCUUUAGGAGGUCCAGAUAAUACAAGAGAACAUAAUACUUUGUAUGGACUUUUUCAACGUAAAUUACAUUACUUUCGACAUUGUGUUCGUUCUCGUGGGGUUCAACCUCGAGAAGGGGCAUUAGAACUUCUUUCAGAACUUCGACAAAGUGGGAUUUAUGUUGGAUGUGUUACGUUAAGUAAGAAUGGACAUUGGUUAUUAAAUGAAACACCACAACUCAUGUCUCUUAUAGAUAAAUGUUUGGAUGGAAUAGAUGCGGAGGAAAAGGCAUUACGAUGGAGACCAGAAAUGGAUUAUUUCUUUGCCAUGUGUGAACAAUUAAAUACAUCUAUGUCUCGUACAGUGAUUGUGUUAGAUUCUAUUGAUGGAUUCUCUAAAAGUGCAUUAGAUCAAUUUAAAUUAAUUGUAGAUCUUCAAAAGGAUCCAGAGGAAAAUGCAUUUGGAAUACAACGCAUGUAUGUUUCUAGUUUAAAAGAAUUAACUGUUACUUUAUUAGGAGAAAUGACCUCUCGUGAUGCUGUCUCUUCUCACAAUCAACAACAACAACAACAACAACAGCAUCAACAUACACAUACACAUACGGGGGAUCAUACAUCUUUGGUUUCUGGAAAUAAAAUAAGAGGAGGAGGAGGAGUGGAGAAUUCUUCACUCGUUACUUGA